CAUCGCUGGGCAUUAGCCACAGUAGUUUUUCGGUGCAACGAGGAAGCGUGUGAAUGAAAGGCUAAACAAUAUCACAGCACAGGAGCAAUUGUUAUGGGGGAUCUGAAUACUGUGCGGAGCUUUUCUCUUUGAAGUCAGCAAUCUACAUACAUUUUAAGAAGUCAAUGAAGGACACAGGAUCCAGUCAAAAGCUUUCACCGAAAUCCGGGAUGGAUCCUAACCAGAGCGUGAAGCGUAAAAUCGUGGUCGUUGGGGACAGUCAGUGUGGAAAAACUGCUCUACUUCACGUCUUUGCGAAAGAUUGCUUUCCAGAGAAUUAUGUCCCAACGGUGUUCGAGAACUACACAGCCAGUUUCGAAAUCGACACGCAAAGAAUAGAACUCAGUCUCUGGGACACUUCAGGUUCACCAUACUAUGACAACGUGCGACCUCUCUCCUACCCGGACUCUGAUGCAGUCCUCAUCUGCUUUGACAUCAGCAGACCAGAGACCCUGGACAGUGUACUGAAGAAGUGGAGAGGAGAGAUCCAGGAGUUCUGUCCCAACACCAAGAUCCUGCUGGUGGGAUGCAAGUCAGAUCUCCGCACAGACCUCACCACACUGGUGGAACUAUCCAAUCACAGACAGACACCCGUGUCAUACGAUCAGGGCUCCAACAUGGCCAAGCAGAUCAGUGCUCCGUACAUCGAGUGUUCGUCUCUGCAGUCUGAGAACAGCGUCAGAGACCUCUUCCACGUGGCCACGCUGGCCUGCGUCAACAAGGGCAACAAGAACGUCAAACGCAACAAGUCCUCCAGGAGCACCAAGAGGAUCUCGCACAUGCCCACUAGGCCCGAACUAACCGCUGUCACGUCAGACCUUCGCAAAGAUAAGGCCAAGAGCUGUACAGUCAUGUGAUUGCCCUAGACUAGGGCGACUGACUGUUGUGGACUGUGAGAGGAGCAGGUGGGUGGUGAGGACUGUGAAGAGAGCCCCUCCCCCCUCCUUCUAGACAUGCAUGCAAAGCAGUGAGAAGGCGGGUUAUCGCCGCACAUUAAAUCAUCAGGCCCCCCCACCCC